UUUCAAAAUGCAAAUAUUUCUUUUAAUCCUUUACUUAUUCACCAUUUCUAACAAUGUUUCUCAUGGCCAAUUCUGCGUUUCCUGUUUCAAUGCAAAGAGCGUCAAAUGCCCCAAUACAUUUUGGUCAAUAAUGUAUAAUCAGGGCUACAUAUAUAUAGUAUCAACUGUUAGCGAUCCAAUAUUUAAUAAUACUAAUUUAUCAAAAUGCGUGCCCAGCGGUUAUAAAAUAGAAGCUCUUGACGUCCCCGCAUGCAUUUGGUCACCGGAACUUGGAAUUAAUAUUGCCUCACCUGCAGAUCGGGAUCGAAUUGAGAUCAUUAACGAGUGCGAGGAUUGCAUUGAAAUGAGUACUUGUGAAAUUAAUUUGGCCUCAAACCAUUCAAUUCAUCGAAUUUGGUAUAUCAGUCUUCUAAUUGCACUUACUAGUCUAUUACAAUUUUGA